AUGAAAUUCUAUAUCGAUGAUUUGCCUGUUAUUUUCCCGUAUCCUCGUAUAUACCCCGAGCAGUACCAGUAUAUGUGCGACCUGAAAAAGUCCCUGGACGUAGGAGGAGUUGCGCUGCUGGAGAUGCCUUCCGGCACGGGAAAGACUAUUUCGCUGCUGUCUCUUAUUAUCUCGUACCAGCAGUUUUAUCCCGAACAACGCAAGCUCAUCUACUGUUCCCGUACCAUGUCCGAGAUUGACAAGGCGUUGGCCGAGUUGAAGCGACUGAUGGCGUACCGGGAGAAGGAACUCGGACGGCGAGAACCGUUUUUGGGUCUGGGUUUGACGAGUCGUAAAAACCUGUGCCUGCACCCCUCCGUACGACGGGAGAAGAACGGAAACGUUGUCGAUGCCAGAUGCCGUGCGCUGACCGCGGGCUUUGUAAAGGAGAAAAAACUUGCCGGCAUGGAUGUCGAGUUGUGCGACUUCCACGAGAAUUUAGAAGACCUGGAGCCACACGCUUUGGUGCCAGAGGGUGUGUGGACGUUGGAUGAUUUGACAGAGUACGGCCAGAAAACCACUAGAUGCCCCUACUUUAGUGCUCGCCGGAUGCUGCCGUUCUGCAAUGUCAUCAUUUAUUCCUAUCACUACUUACUUGAUCCCAAAAUUGCAGAGCGCGUCUCGCGCGAGCUGAGCAAGGACUGCAUUGUGGUUUUCGACGAAGCUCACAACAUCGACAACGUGUGUAUCGAGUCACUUAGUAUCGAUCUCACCGAAUCGUCUUUGCGGAAGGCGUCGCGGGGCAUUACUGCGCUGGAACGAAAAGUCGCAGAAGUGAAGCAGGUCGACGCGGGAAAGUUGCAGGAUGAAUAUCGCAAGUUGGUCCAAGGUCUGCGGGAGGCGGAUGAAGCUUCGCAGGAGCAACAGUUCAUGUCUAAUCCAGUGCUCCCUGAGGAUGUGCUGAAAGAGGCUGUCCCGGGCAACAUUCGGCGUGCCGAACAUUUUAUUGCGUUUUUGAAAAGAUUCAUCGAAUACCUGAAAACAAGAAUGAAAGUACUUUACGUGAUUGCAGAAACUCCCGCCUCGUUUCUGCAGCACAUGAAAGACCUGACGUUUAUCGAGCGCAAACCACUUCGUUUUUGUGCUGAACGCCUCACAAGUCUUGUGCGUACACUCGAAUUGCCUAUCGUGGACGACUUUCACUCGCUGCAGCAAAUCGCAACAUUCGCUACGCUUGUAGCCACAUACGAACGCGGAUUCGUCCUCAUUCUCGAACCGUACGAGACCGAAAAUGCCACCGUCCCCAAUCCUGUGCUCCACUUUGCAUGUCUCGAUGCGUCCAUCGCCAUCAAACCCGUGUUUGACAAAUUCCGCUCUGUGAUCAUUACCAGUGGUACGCUCUCUCCUCUGAACAUGUAUCCGAAAAUGCUGCAGUUCGAGACAGUGAUGAUGGAGUCGUAUGGAAUGUCUCUCGCUCGCAACUCUUUCUUGCCCAUGGUCAUUACUCGAGGAAGCGACCAGGUCGCCAUAUCCUCCAAAUUCGAGGCACGUAACGACCCCAGUAUCGUUCGUAACUACGGUAACAUACUCAUUGAGUUCUCUAAAACUACGCCUGACGGACUGGUCGCUUUCUUUCCUAGUUAUCUGUAUCUGGAAAGUAUUGUUUCUAGUUGGCAAUCUAUGGGCAUUCUUGACGAAGUUUGGAAGUACAAGCUGAUUCUCGUGGAGACCCCCGACGCCCAGGAAACAACGCUGGCUCUGGAAACGUACAGGGCCGCAUGUUGCAAUGGCCGCGGUGCUGUACUGUUGUCUGUCGCACGAGGCAAAGUUUCCGAGGGAGUCGAUUUUGAUCAUCAGUAUGGACGAACUGUCAUCAUGUUCGGCAUCCCCUACCAGUACACCGAAAGUCGUAUCUUGAAAGCUCGUCUGGAGUUUUUGCGUGACACAUACCAGAUUCGCGAAAACGACUUUCUCACGUUCGACGCCAUGCGUCACGCAGCACAGUGUUUGGGUCGAGUAUUGCGUGGAAAAGACGACAGCGGAAUCAUGGUGUUGGCGGAUAAAAGAUACGGUCGUUCUGACAAACGGUCUAAGCUGCCUAAGUGGAUUCAGCAGUACACAUCAGAGGGGGCUGCGAAUCUCAGCACGGAUAUGGCUGUUGCGCUAGCGAAGAAGUUUUUGCGCACAAUGGCUCAGCCCUUCUCUCUCGAAGAUCAAGAGGGCAUUUCGUGGUGGACUGUGGAGGAACUCAAAGCCCAUCAAAAGUCAAGCCUAAUUGCAGCAAAGUCGAAGGACGAUAGCAUGGACUUUGAUAUCGAAGAAGACGCUAAAAUGACCCCUUGA